GGUUCGGAGACACGGACCGGAGACAUGCGAGAGAAAGAGCAGGGCAAUUGAAAAAAAAAAGUGUUAAACAGAAGCGGAAAGUCGAAACGCUUGAGAAAAGGGGUCGUGCCUCUCGGCAGUUCCCAAGUGCUUGUAGUCGUUCGGUAACCACAGACCUUCCGGUUCUCUUUUGAAUGCGGGGCUGUCAACGUGAAGGCGCAAAACGCGAUUUUCUACCUUUUGUAUGUGAUGGCUGCUCUCAAGUUUUCUGUCUUCAGCACAGAAGCCGGUCUGCUCAUGGUUGCUCUGAGGUAAAUCUGAAAAGUGAGGAAGUGAAACCAGAUCAUCACAAAUCUUUUUUGUGCUCAUACAGAGGUUGUGAUGGGAAAGAACUUGUACCAGUAUUAUGCUCAUUUUGUGAAAAACAGUUUUGCUUAAGGCACCGUCAUCAGUCAGAUCAUCAAUGUGAGAAACUGGAAACCCCAAAGCCUCGCAUGGCUAUCACCCAACAACUUGUUAAAAAUAUUGUAGAUUCCAAGAAAGAAACCACAGUGAUGAAAAGAUGCAGAGGAGCCAAGAAUGCUGAAACAGCAGCAAAAGUGUCCCUAAUGAAACUAAAAAUGCAUGCAUGUGGGGAUAAGUCCUUGCCACUGACUGAGAGAAUCUACUUCCAAGUAUUUUUACCAAAAGGAGACAAGGAGAAAAGCAAGCCCAUGUUCUUUUGUAGUAAAUGGAGCAUUGGUAAAGUAAUUGAUUCAGCAGCUUCCUUAGCAAACCUUAAAAAUGACAACAACAAAAGCACUGCCAAGAAAUUAAGACUUUGCCACCCAGCAUCUCGAGAAGCUAUGCCUUUGGACCAUACCUUGGCAUCUUGGAUAAGCAACAAAGAAUGCCCACUCUAUAAUGGUGGAAAUGUUAUCUUGGAAUAUCUUGAUAAUGAAGCUCAGUUUUUAGAAGAUACAAAUUCAUAUAUAGAAUAAUUACAAGGAGCUCUUGAUAUGUAAUAAUCAGAUUCAGUACAAAACAAGGUUCUUGGACUGUUUAAAGCUGUGUGGCAUAAGGGGAGGUGGUUUAUUGACAGGAAUCGGUUUUAGAAGCAGACAUAUUAGAAUAUAGCUUACUCCAUUCUACAGGACAAGGAUCUGAAUAACUUGCACAUAUUUGUCCCUUGAUGCUUCUUGACCUAAAGCGUGAACUGUCUCCAUUGAAAAGUAUUAAGUCUGAUUUGACAAUCAGGGCAGCUGUAUUGGUCUGCACUAGAAAAGCUAGAUUCAAGCCCAGUAUCACCUUAGAAAUGAACCAAGAUUUUCGGAUUAUAAGCUUUCAAGAGUCAAAGCUCCCCUCACCAAAGUUGACAUCGGAUGCUCUGAAAACCCCACGGGUGAUCUGUGCUGCCUCAUUAGCACACACAAUUCACCAUAAAUGCAGAAGCUAGCUUCUGAUGAGCUUAUGGGAAAAGCAUCCAAACAUUACUUCGAUUCUUAACUCUACAGAGAAGCUGGUGUUUAGAGAAACUUCUAGAAUGUGAGAUGGUGAAAUGUGCAGGUACAAGUUAGUUUGUGAAAAGGUUACACUUUGUUGUCACCAUGAUUUCUUUUGUCUGUGUUGCAGAAGACCUUGGCAUUUUCUUAACACAGAUCUUGGUGACUGAAAAUUUACUCAGAAACUAAGAUGAUGUAAUCAAACAAGGAAAUAUGUGGUGAUACAAAGACACUUUGUCUUCACCACCUUACAUCUACUGCUCCUGUGCUGUCCUCCUGAUCACUAGGCAUAGCACCAUGUGCACAGCCUCUGAAGCACUUCACUGUAUCACAAGAUGGAGGUUGAGAGGGAGCACAUGUUCUUUCAUUCCAUCCUCUUACUUCAAAGCUAGUUGUUUCUCAGAGCUAAUAGGAAGAAUGGAAGUUGUAAAAACUGUUUUUAUGCCCACCAAGUGUUUGCAAGCACAUGCCUUGCAUAACAAAGUUGGUGUAUGAAAACUUUCUGCCAAUGCAGUAUGCAGUGUCUGUUACAGUAUGCAGCAGAGAAUUUUCUGUUGUGACCCUGAUUUUAUGGAAUUACCUACAGAAGGAAAGCUGAUUAACAUAAGCUUGUUGACCAUAGGCAUUUUUGUUUUAAGGACAAGCUUUAAGGGAGACUGGGGUUUUGAACUGGUACUUGGUUCACGAUUGCAGUACUUAAAUUUUAUAUCAGAACAGCAUUUGGAGUUUUGUGUUUGUUAUCAUUAGUUUGAUAGUGUUUUUGGCAUCUGCUCUACAUUCAUGAUGCAAGAACUGAAAGACCACUGUUCUGUAUUAGACUAAAAACUUCAUCUUGUCCAGCAUCCUAUUCCACAUAGCUGACAGCCAGAUGAUUUGGGGAACUCCACAAAUGCUCAUGAAAUCUGGAAAGCCACUGGAGGAAAACCCCCCACAAACUAUAUAUCCAGGAAAGCUUUGCAUUUUACAAUAUCUUUGUCAAUUAUUUCAGUUGCAAACUUCUGGAACAUGCAGAAUUGUAUUUCAGUACAAUGCACAGUAUAACCACAUGCUGCUAGAACUAUUGAGUUCUUUGAUAUCAGAGCACCAGCUAUCUUUGGUUUGAAAUAAAGUACAUAGUUGUAAUUUUGGCUAUGGAUAGAAAA